AUGAGUUCCAGAGAAUAUUUUGAAAGCAUUAAACAUUAUUCGACACUUGAAGAGGGGUCAGAAGUGGCUGAUCUGUUAACAAUAAGGAAAACUGCCUUUAUUCAACAAUUAGCUGUACUCUUUCAACAGAAACCAAGAAUAGAAGACGAUGUUAAGAGAAAGUUUGCGGAGGCCUUCGAUGAAUAUCAUAGCAUGGUCCAGACCUUUCAAAGAGCGUUUUCACAACAGUUUGGGCGUUGGUCUUUGCCGAUAUUGUACGCUAUAAACUAUGAUUUACGAUUGCUUGCAAUUAAGUCGGACUUGAUUUUUAUGGUGGCAGAAAAACCACCUAAAAAUUUAGAAAUAGCAGCUCGCGCAAUUAAUAAAUCAUUUUCAUUGUGCAUAACAGACAGAGCUGCAUUAAACGUCUCUCGUAAAUGGGGGACUUAUUAUUUUGCGGGACUCUUGUUCAAAACAUACUUCAAAUUGAAACAACAAAAUUUGUGUAAAAAUGUUAUAAAAUCAAUUAAAGCGUCAACAGAUUUACCGCCUUUUGGACAAUUUCCCAGAGCACAUCAAGUGACUUUUCUGUAUUAUCAAGGAUUACUUGCUUUUCUUGAAGCCGAAUAUCCUCAUGCUGAAGAAAAGUUUGUAACGGCAUUUCGAAUGUGUCCUAAAUCUAGUUUGAAAAAUAAGGAGUUAAUACUUCGUUAUCUUAUCCCUGUUUGGCUAACCCGGGGUGUUUUACCAUCGCCGGAGGUACUUUCUCGGUACCCUAAGUUAGAAUCUUUGUAUAAACCAUUCAUUGAUGCCAUUAGAGAUGGUAAUGUCAAAAAGUUUGAUGACGCACUUGCAAAGUUUGAACUAAAAUUAGUUGCUCAAAAUACGUUCCUGACUGUUGAACUGGCACGAGAGAUUGCGAUGAGGGUCUUAUUCAAGAAAGUUUACUUAAUCAACAUUCGAGAAUCAAAGGUUCCAUUGAGCAAAUUUCAACAGGCUCUGAAAUAUGUAGGAAGAGACGUGGAAAUGGCUGAAGUAAUGUGGUAUAUGGCUUCAAUGAUUCAGAAGGGUUUAAUCAGAGGAUACUUAUCGUAUUCCAAGGAGUUUCUAGUUUUGAGUGAGAAAAAUGCCUUUCCCGUCUUUGGCGCACCAGCAUUCACAUAA